GUUUCAGUAGUCUAAAGAUUGAAAUUACAGGCGGUGGUGUAUGAGCUGACACGAUCUUAAAUUAGAAACAGCCUGGAAGUGUGAUUAAUGUUGGUUCCAUAGAUACGAAAACAAAAAUUUAGAAAACAUGAGGUCGUUUUUAGUACUUGGAUUUUAUUUGGGCCUUUUAGCUUUUAAAGUAAAUGGAGCCAACAUUUUGGGCCUAUUUCCAUAUCCUAGUCAAAGCCAUUUUAACUCAAUUCAACCAGUGAUGACCAGACUUGCCAAAAAUAAUCAUAAUAUAACAUCAAUAAGUAGCUUUAGAUUAGGAGAAAAACUAGAUAAUUAUGAAGAAAUAAUUGUUCCAAUGUAUGAUUUUUGGACAAACGUUCAAAAUGAUCUUGGAGUAAAAAAUAUGUUUGAAGCAUCGCGUUCAUCACCAAAUAGCUUACACAAGGCUGUAAGAAAAACUGGUGCGGAGUUAGUGGAUUUUUUUCUUCAACAAUCAAAAGUUCAAGAAAUUUUACGAUCCAAAGAAAAUUUCAAAUACGAUCUCAUUAUCGUAGAUUUAUUCCACACAGAGGCUCUUUUUAUGAUCGGACAAAUUUUUGAAGUACCAGUUAUUGCACUAGCGUCAUCUAAUUUUGAGAAUUAUAUGACUUCGCUGGUAGAAUCUGCAGUUCCAAGUGCAUGUUCACCAAUCGACUAUGAAACCUAUUCUCAAGAUAAAUCAUUUUCGCAGAGGGUUUCAAAUAUAUUUGAAUGUACAGAGCGAAGAAGCCAAAGACACAAGGAUCUAAUCUCUCAAGAUGAAGUAGCAAAAAAACACUUUUCAGGACUUGGACGAGGAACACUAUCUCCAGUUUCUAACCUUUUAAGUCGAACUUCAAUAACUCUACUUAACAACUAUGCCCCACUUUUAACUCCCAGACCAUCUGUACCAAAUAUCAUUCCUGUUGGAGGAACACACAUCAAACCGACCCAAGAAAUUCAGUGGAAUAUUAAAAGAUUCCUGGAUGAUGCUCGCGAGGGAGCCAUAUACUUUAGUUUGGGAACUGUUCUAAAGUGCUCAGAUCUCGACAGUGACAAGUUGAAUGCAAUAGUAGCAGUCAUUGGAAAAUUGAAAGAAAAAGUUCUUUGGCAUUGUGAUUUGAAAAAAGUAGACAAUCAACCUAAAAAUCUACUUCUACAGAAUAUUGUUAUAUCCAGUGAUGUCCUGGCACAUCCUCAUGUAACGUUUUUCAUGACAAGUGGAGGACUUUUGGGAUUGCAAGAAGCGAUAUUGAGAAGUGUUCCAAUACUGGGAAUACCAGUUUUUCGCGAUCAACAUAUCAAUCUUCGAAUUGUCGAAAAACUAGGAAUCGGAAUUAAAUUAGACUUUACUAAUCUCACCGAAUCUUCACUUGCUUGGAGUCUUGAAAAACUAACAACAGACCCGUCAUUUCUAACCAAAGCACGAGAAAUUUCUUCGAAAUUUAGAGACAGACCUUUAGGUUCUGUCCAAGCAUCGACUUUUUGGAUUGAACAUAUUUUAAAAUUCAAAGAUUCAUCACAUUUGAGAAUUGUUGGUGCUGAAAUUUCGUCUUAUGAACUUUAUUUUGGAGAUAUUGUUGUUAUUUUAUUAUUCGUUAUAUUGGGUUUAAUUUUAUUUGGAUAUUUGUUCUAUAGAAUAGCGACACAAGUUCAAAAGAAACGAGAAGAAAAUAAAUUGUAUAGCAAAUUGAGAUAAACUUAAGAAAUUGUU